AGAUAUUUCCACACAAUAUACUUAGGUAUUCGAAGCCGACAGAGUGGGGAGAAUGACAGAUGGAGGUUUUACUGGAAAAUGGUAUAUGAGUAUGCGGAUGUGAGUAUGCUGCAUUUGCUAGCCACCUUUCUGGAAAGUGCUCCACAGCUGGUCCUGCAGCUCUGCAUUAUCGUACAGACUCAUAGCUUACAGGCCCUCCAAGGUUUCACAGCGGCAGCCUCCCUCGUGUCCUUGGCCUGGGCCUUGGCCUCCUACCAGAAGGCCCUACGGGACUCUCGAGAUGACAAGAAGCCCAUCAGCUACAUGGCCGUCAUCAUCCAGUUCUGCUGGCACUUUUUCACCAUCGCCGCCAGGGUCAUCACGUUUGCCCUCUUUGCCUCGGUUUUCCAGCUGUACUUUGGGAUCUUCAUCGUCCUUCACUGGUGCAUCAUGACCUUCUGGAUCGUCCACUGUGAGACAGAAUUCUGUAUCACCAAAUGGGAAGAGAUUGUGUUCGACAUGGUGGUGGGGAUUAUCUAUAUCUUCAGUUGGUUCAAUGUCAAGGAGGGCAGGACACGCUGCAGGUUAUUCAUUUACUAUUUUGUGAUCCUUUUGGAAAAUACGGCCUUGAGUGCCCUCUGGUACCUCUAUAAGGCUCCCCAGAUUGCAGACGCAUUUGCCAUCCCAGCGCUGUGUGUGGUGUUCAGCAGCUUUUUAACUGGCGUUGUGUUUAUGCUGAUGUAUUAUGCCUUCUUUCAUCCCAAUGGACCCAGAUUCGGGCAGUCACCAAGUUGUGCUUGUGAGGACCCAGCCGCUGCCUUCACUUUGCCCCCAGAAAUGGCCACAAGCACCCUACGGUCAAUCUCCAACAACCGCAGUGUUGUCAGCGACCGCGAUCAGAAAUUCGCAGAGCGGGAUGGGUGUGUACCCGUCUUUCAGGUGAGGCCCACUGCCCCAUCCACCCCAUCAUCUCGCCCACCACGGAUUGAAGAAUCAGUCAUUAAAAUUGACUUGUUCAGGAAUAGGUACCCAGCAUGGGAGAGACAUGUGUUGGACCGAAGCCUCCGAAAGGCUAUUUUAGCCUUUGAAUGUUCCCCAUCUCCUCCGAGGCUGCAGUAUAAAGACGAUGCCCUUAUUCAGGAGCGGUUGGAGUACGAAACCACUUUAUAAAGCAAAAGGAGUUGCAGGAGCCACAACAUCCAGAUAAAGGGGUGACAGCGGGGCUGUGGCAGUAAGGACACUUCAUCCUAGAGCAGGGCAGUGAGCUAUGAAGUUCCUAGUGUGACCGUCAUCACCAUUAUCAUUUGAUCCUGUCGACUGGGAGCGGCUGGCCUCCUUCCAAAGCAGCUGCGCCCAAGAGUCUCUGAUUCCACCUGAAAGAAUGUCGCUGCCUUAUAGGACUGUCCAUCAAUACCAGACUCCUCCUGCACGGUCUUGGGGUGCACCCACCAGACGGUACUAUUAUUAUGGAAAAUUUUGUCUUCAAUCAUUAGGGUGUCUUGAUGGUGUUAACUUAUCUUUCCAUAAAAAUAGAUCCAGUCUAGCCGGGCAUGGUGGCAUGCGCCUGUAAUCCCAGCUACUCUGGAGGCUGAGG